AUGUCGAAAGAAAGUGUGGAAGCAGCCACAGAUUCUGAGACCGAUAGUAAAGGUCUCCCACAGUAUCAGUCCGUGGGUAUCCAGGUGGAGGAUGAGAAGAGACUUGGCCGCUUUAAACGGUCCAACAGUGUGACGACGGCAGUUCAGGCUGAUUUGGAGCUGGAGGGGUUUCCUUCGACCGAAGACAAGAGUCUGCAGUUUGGAGGAUUUCAGCGGCAUUCUGAACCCAGUACACCCACACAGUACAAUGUGGUUAGGACUGUACGCACACAGGGCCUUUUUAGCUACCGUGAGGAUUACAGGCCCUCCAGUGGGCCGCCCAGUCCGCAGCCUGAACCCUGGCUGGUGGAGCCCGCUCUUGAAGCAGCCGAGUCCGGCCGGGUGUCGCCACUCCGCCGCGAUGGCAGCUGGUUCAUGCAGCUUCUGCACAGCGAGACCAAACGUCUGGAGGGAUGGUGCAAAGACAUGGAACGUGAGGCUGAGGAGCACGACCUGUCGGAGGAGAUUCUUGGGAAGAUCCGGAGUGCUGUGGGCAGUGCUCACCUCCUCAUGUCCCAGAAAUUCCAGCAGUUUUACUGGUUGUGUCAGCAAAAUUUGGACCCCAGCGCUAUGCCACGCCCCACGGCUCAGGACCUGGCUGGAUUCUGGGAUCUCCUGCAGCUCUCCAUCGAUGAUGUCACUGCCAAGUUUGAUGAGCUGCAGCAAAUCAAGAGUAAUGAGUGGAGGAUGGUGGAGAGUCCAGAGAAGAAGGAAAGAAAAUGGCCACCUCCUGUUACAAAGAGGCCUCCUAAAGGUCGUGGAGCUGUCAUGCGCGAGCGAUCCUUGGAUCUGCAGGACCGUCAGAGGCAAGAGGCCCGCCGUAGGCUUCUAGCUGCAAAACGGGCUGCGUCUUUCCGUCAGAGCUCAGUUACAGAGCGGGCUGACAGCAUAGAGAUCUACAUCCCUGAAGCCCAAACACGUUUAUGAAACACACAUAACAACAGGGUACAUCCAUUCUGCUCCAUGUCACUGCUCCGCCCGUACACAUUUUCCCAUCUGUUACAAGUAUUCUUCCUCUGCUCAUCAUCUACUCUGAGCUGAGAAUAGUGGUGAGUUUAUAUAUGCCUCAAACAGAGCUCAAUGCAAAGAGGUCAUGGCAGUCUAUGCACUCCAAGGCCUGCAGCUACUGCAACCCAGUUUGUAUUUCAGUUUUAAGGUUAUUCCGAGGCCAAAACUGAGGCUUUGUCAACACUGCACACAAAUCCGAUUUGGUUUUCACAUCCAAUUUUUAUGAUGCAAUUAGGACACGGUUGCAAUAGUAGUGAUAUAAGUAACAAUCCCGCCAUGAGAUGUGUGAGAGCGAUUAGCUCAUUAGCAAUUAUUAUAUUAACAUUCAUGCACAUACUGUGUCCAAAACCACUGACUCAUUCACUCACUAUUUAUGACAUGAGUUUUAUGGAGCCAUAGGGACAUGGUGAUGGAAAAUUAUAUUUAAAUGAUUUUAAGUUCUCUCACAAAACUCUCGCAUUCUCUUGAAAAAAUAUUGCGUUCCCCUGAGAAACUGCAUUCUCUCACAAAACAUUUGCGUUCUGUUACGUUUCUCUGAGAACCCUUGCAUUCUCUUGCGUAACUUUUGCAUUCCCCUGAGAAACUUCGCAUUCUCUCACAAAACGUUUGCGUUCUCUCAAAAAAACGUUUACAUUUCCCUGAGAAGCUUUGCGCUUUCUUGUGAAACGUUUGCGCUUCUCACAAAACCUUUGCUUUCCCCUAAGAAAUGUUGCUUUUUCUCACUAAACGUUUGUGUUCUUGCACAAAAACCUUUGCGUUCCCCUGAGAAACUUCGCAUUCUCUCACAAAACGUUUGCGUUCACUCAAAAAAACGUUUACAUUUCCCUGAGAAGCUUUGCGCUUUCUUGUGAAACGUUUGCGCUUCUCACAAAACCUUUGCUUUCCCCUAAGAAAUGUUGCUUUUUCUCACUAAACGUUUGUGUUCUUGCACAAAAACCUUUGCGUUCCCCUGAGAAACUUCGCAUUCUCUCACAAAACGUUUGCGUUCACUCAAAAAAACGUUUACAUUUCCCUGAGAAGCUUUGCGCUUUCUUGUGAAACGUUUGCGCUUCUCACAAAACCUUUGCUUUCCCCUAAGAAAUGUUGCUUUUUCUCACUAAACGUUUGUGUUCUUGCACAAAAACCUUUGCGUUCCCCUGAGAAACUUUUCAUUCGCUUGCGAAACGUUUAUGUUGUAAAUAAUAUGAGGUGGCUAUAUUCCAAUGCUUUUGUGGGUGAAUGCAACAUUUCUUGGGGCAACGCAAGAAAUGUGUUCUUUUACGUUUGCGA